AGGAAAGGGUAGAUCAUGCCAUUCCUAAAGCUGUUGCUCUCACUCCCACUCCCACUCCCCCACUCCCCAUCCACCAAAAUCCCCCUCACCUCCAUUUCAAUCGUCGCCCAUCUCCGCCGAUCCAUGGCCACUGCUGCUGUCGCCGAGCCCGUUUCACCGUCCAACACCCGCGUCGGCUGGAUUGGAACCGGCGUGAUGGGGCGGUCGAUGUGCGCUCAUCUGAUGAAAGCGGGUUAUACUGUAACCAUCUUCAACCGCACCAUCUCCAAGGCACAACCCCUCCUCGACAUGGGGGCUCACCGCGCCUCCUCUCCUCUCGCUCUCGCCUCCCAAUCCGACGUCGUUUUCUCCAUUGUCGGCUUCCCCUCCGACGUCCGCUCCGUCCUCCUCGACCCCUCCUCUGGCGCCCUCUCCGGACUCCGCCCCGGUGGAGUCCUCGUCGACAUGACCACCUCUGAUCCUUCACUCGCAGCCGAAAUCGCCUCCUCUGCUGCCUCCAAGGGCUGCUUCUCAGUUGAUGCCCCCGUCUCCGGCGGAGACCGGGGCGCCAAGAACGCCACCCUUGCUAUCUUCGCCGGCGGGGACGAGUCCGUCGUCAGGCGCCUGAAUCCCUUAUUUUCCCAUCUGGGCAAGGUUAACUACAUGGGUGGCCCUGGAAAAGGGCAAUACGCGAAGCUCGCGAACCAAAUCACCAUAGCUUCGACUAUGCUUGGACUGAUAGAAGGGAUGAUGUAUGCUUACAAGUCUGGUCUCGAUGUGGCUUUGUUUUUGAACGCAAUUUCCACCGGCGCUGCCGGCUCAAAGUCGUUGGAUUUGUAUGGGAGUAGGAUUUUGAAGAGGGAUUUCGAGGCUGGUUUCUUUGUGAACCACUUUAUUAAGGAUUUGGGGAUAUGUUUGAUUGAGUGUCAAAAAAUGGGGCUUUCUCUUCCUGGUUUGGCACUCGCUCAGCAGCUCUAUCUCUCACUCAAGGCUCAUGGGGAGGGCAAUUUGGGUACCCAAGCUCUUAUCUUGACGCUUGAGCGUCUUAAUAACGUUACUCUUCCACCUUCUUCUGCUCCUUCAUCUUAGAUUGGUUAGUAUGAGAAUUUGAUCUUGCUCUACUAUUAUUAGUGUAAUGGGGUGCUUGCUUGGUUUAAUUCAAGUUGUAUGGAUUCUGAUAAACAAUCUGGUAAUUCCUUUGGACAUCUUUUAAUUGAGCGUACAAUAAAUGUUUGCUAGAUCUUUCUUCUGUA